GCACAAGAUAGCAUCACUCACUUUCUCCGGAGAAAUAACGGAUGAUUGUUAUCAAGGUCUUUCAGAGCUGCGACCACUGGAGAUUUCUUGCUGUGCCCUGCCCUGCCCCGCCAGGAGUGGAUUGAUCGUCAUGGGCUAAUACCCAAACUGGUAUGCCAGAUUCUCGUAUUCUUUCCUUCGAUCCUACCUUUCCCCUCAAUUAGACGAAGAUCUGCUCUGAUGCAUUAUUUUGGGAUACAAUACGAUGCGCAGGGCGACGAACGGACACUAUUGAGCUUGCUUUAUCCCCUAAGGAACAAAUGACGACCCAUAAAUAGAGCCGUUUGCCCCUGCCAACGCCGUAUAGAUUAACAAUUCCUUCUGCAAGAUAAUCUUCGAGAAUUUGCUGCAAAACCCACUAUGAAGACUCCUGUUCUAUCACUCCUUCUCGCCGCCGGUGUCGCCCAGGCUAGCGUCCAGGGCUUCGAUAUCUCCCACUAUCAGGCAAAUGUCAAUUUUGCUGGUGCCUACGCGUCGGGGGCCCGUUUUGUCAUGAUCAAGGCCACCGAGGGCACUACGUAUAUCGACAGCAGCUUCUCGAGCCAUUACACUGGCGCUACUUCUGCCGGACUUAUUCGAGGUGGCUACCACUUUGCUCAUCCGGACUCCAGUUCAGGCGCAGCCCAGGCCAAUUUCUUCCUGGCCCAUGGUGGAGGCUGGUCCAGCGAUGGCAUCACCUUGCCGGGCAUGUUGGAUAUCGAGUAUAAUCCCUCCGGAGCGACCUGCUACGGCCUGAGCGCAUCCGCCAUGGUUGCUUGGGUGAAGGACUUUGGCGAGACCUAUAAGAGCAAGACGGGUCGAUACCCCAUGAUCUACACCACGGCCGAUUGGUGGAAUACCUGUACUGGGGGUAGUACUGCCUUUAGUCAGGACUAUCCACUCGUGCUGGCUCGCUAUUCAAGCUCCGUGGGUACGGUGCCCGGUGGCUGGCCUUAUCAGAGCUUCUGGCAGAACUCGGACUCUUACAGCUACGGGGGAGACUCGGACAUCUGGAAUGGAAGUGAAGAUAACCUGAAGGCAUUUGCCAAAGGUUAGACCUCACGAAUCAUGUACAUAUGAGCUGCUGGGGAUGCAUGUGUCAAUAGUUGAAUUUGUCAAGGUCCUGUCUUUUCGUACUCAAGCUAGUAGUCAUCUCCACUGAAGUGGUAACUAGAUAGUCACUAUAGCCCAAUUUCUUUCAAUCCCUAUGUAAUCUCAUUAUAUGAGCCAAAGAA